AUGGCGCGUUACGGUCAAAGACCGGAAAAUGCCCUUAAACGGGCUAAUGAGUUCAUGGACUUGGACAAACCAGCUAGGGCAUUAGAUACUCUGCAAGAAGUAUUCAGAAAUAAAAAAUGGGCGUACAACUGGUCCGAAUCGGUGUUGGAACCGAUUAUGUUCAAAUACCUAGAACUUUGUGUUGACCUCCGGAAGUCUCAUAUUGCAAAAGAAGGGUUGUUUCAAUAUAGAAACAUGUUUCAGUCCGUAAAUGUAGGAUCUUUGGAACAAGUUAUAAGAGGUUACCUACGUAUGGCUGAAGAGCGUACAGAAGCAGCCAGAGCUCAAUCUACACAGGCAGUUAUUGAAACUGAUGACCUUGACAAUUUGGCUACACCUGAAAGUAUUUUGCUUAGUGCUGUGUCUGGAGAAGAUGCACAAGAUCGUUCAGAUCGAACUAUACUUACACCAUGGGUCAAAUUUCUAUGGGAGUCAUACUGUCAAUGCCUGGAGUUGCUUCGUACCAAUGCACAUGUGGAAACUUUAUAUCAUGACAUAGCCCGAAUGGCAUUCCAGUUCUGCCUCAAAUAUUCACGCAAAACUGAAUUCAGAAAGCUUUGUGACAAAUUACGAAAGCAUCUUGAUGAUAUCUGUAAAACAACUGUUCAAACUGGCAAUGUAAGUAUCACAAAGCCAGAGACCCAACAAUUGAACUUGGAGACCAGGCUGUUCCAGCUUGAUAGUGCUAUUCAAAUGGAGUUGUGGCAGGAAGCAUACAAAGCCAUAGAAGAUAUCCACAAUCUCAUGAACAUGUCCAAAAAGACUCCAGUAGCUAAAACUAUGGCCAACUACUAUGGCAAGCUGGCCUUAGUGUUUUGGAAGGCUGGUCACUGUUUAUUCCAUGCAGCUGCCCUUCUGAAGCUAUUCCAACUUUCGAGGGAAAUGAAAAAGAACAUAACACAAGAGGAAUUACAGAAAAUGGCAUGUCGAGUCCUAGUGGCGGUACUUUCAGUGCCCUUACCAUCCCUACAUCCGGAAUUUGACCGCUUUGUGGAAACUGACAAGAGUCCAGUUGAAAAAGCUCAAAGGCUAGCUGUGUUACUUGGACUAGCCCAGCCACCAACUAGAGCUAACUUAUUGAAAGAUGUGAUCCGUUUGAAUGUGGUGAAUCUGGCGUCUCCUCAACUUCAGCAGCUGUACUCUUGGCUAGAGGUUGAAUUUGAUCCUCUUACCAUUUGCGCCAAUGUGCAGAGCGUCAUUAAAAUGCUACAAGAAGAUCCUAACUCAUCCUUGGCUCAAUACACAGUGGCAUUGACAGACGUAGCAUUAGUUCGUCUAGUACGCCAAGUGGCACAGUGCUACUCCUGUGUCCAGUUCUCACGUUUGCUGGAGUUGGCGCAUACUGAUGAUCUGUUCCAUCUGGAGCGUCUGCUCGUUGAUUGCGUCCGCCACAAUGAUAUGCAGAUACGGAUUGAUCACGCAAAUCAAUGUGUACAUUUCGGUGAAGAAGCGGGCGGUGGCGAAUGGUGUUCUGCCGCUGAUGAAGCUUGCGGCGGGGCCAUUUUGCAGGCUACUCCUGCUGAACAGAUGCGUGAGCAACUUGUUCGUGCCGCUGAAGUCCUCUCCCGAGCUGUACAUGAACUCUACCCGGAUAGACGUCGCGCCGAACGCGAGCGAGCCCGCUUAAACAUGGUGCAACAUUACCAUGAGAAUAAGCACGCCGAACAUCACCGAGUGUUGCAGCGGCAUAAGAUCAUCGAAGAGCGCAAGGAGUAUAUAGAACGACUCAACACUGUUCGCGAGGAAGAAGAACUACGUCGCCAAGAAGAACAACUGAGAGCUGCUGCUGCUGCCGAAGCUCGUCGCUUGGAAGCGGAAAGAGAGGAACGUGAGAAACGUCGCCAUGCAUCCGAAAUGGCAGCCAUGCGUGAGAGACACUUGCGUGAACGUAUUGCGCAUAUAUCGCAAACCAUGCAUGGAAAGAAAGUACUGCAGAAGUUGGAUGAGGAGGAUUUGAAGAAAAUGGAUGCGGAAGCAAUCGCUCAACGUGAGGCUGAAGAGCUUAUGAAAGAACGUAGGGAACUGCAAGCGCGAUUGAAAUCUCAAGAGAAAAAGGUUGACUAUUUUGAGAGAGCCAAGCGCUUAGAAGAAAUUCCGCUCCUUCAAAAAAGUUUAGAAGAGAAACAAGUCCAAGAUAAGGCGUUUUGGGAGCAGCAGGAGAAGGAACGAAUUCAACAGCUCAUAGAGGCGCGCGCGCGCGACGUGGCGACGGCUGCGCGGCUGGCGCGCAUGGCGACGCACCGUGACCAGUUCACCGCGCGCCUGCGCAGCGAGCGUGGCGCCGCGCACGCCAAGCGCCUCGCCGACUUCCAGCUGCAGCUCGCCGCCGAACGCGACGCGCGCCUCGCGCAGCGCCGUCAGCAGCGCGCUGAGCGCCGCCGCCAGGAGUGGUUGGCAGAGAAACGCAAGGCAGAAGAGCGCGCAGCAGAAGAAGCGCAACGCCUUAAAGAAGAGGAAGAAAAGCGAGAGAAAGAAGAACGCGAACGCAAGCGCCAAGAGGAGCUGGCCGCGCUGCGCGAACGCAAGGAACGCCAAGAGAAGGAAUAUCAGGAGAUGUUGGCCCGUGCUGAGGCUAAGGCGCGCGCACAAGAAGCGAAUGUUGCACGCAAGUUGGAAGAACAAAAGGCUUCCGCUAUGACUAGCUGGAGGCGUGAACCUGCCCGACGCGAUGAACGGCCGCGCUCGCCCGAGCGUCGACCAGUUCGCGACGAGCGACGAGACGAGCGACGCGACGAUAGGGGCCCGCCUCCCAAGGACGACAGGCCUCCGUUGAGGGACGACAAGGAAGCUGAGAGACCUAAGGACAUUGACACACCGCGCAAAUUGGAUGAACCGAAGUCUACGUCUACGUCUGCAAGUAACUGGCGUCGUGAUGAUAGUAGGCGUUCUGUACGCCCUCCACCUCGGUCUCCCGAGCGACGUCCCCUGCGUGAUGAGAGAGGCCCCCCGCCAAAGGAUGACCGCUUGCCUUCGAGGGAUGACAGGCCUCGACCAGCUUACGGCGGCCGUUCCAGCGGUCCUGAGACAGGCAGCUGGCGACGAGGACCUGCCGACCCACCACCAGCACCCGCAGAACGUUCUGGCACUUGGCGGUCUAAAGACGCGCCACCGCGAGAUGAUCGUUACCGUGACGGCCCUCGUGAUCGUGAAAUUCCUCGAGAUCGUGAUGGUCCUCGAGACCGCGAUGGUCCCCGAGACCGUGACGGCCCUAGAGAUCGUGACGGGCCUCGAGAUCGCGAUGGGCCACGCGACCGCGACGGCCCUAGGGAUCGCGAUGGGCCACGAGAUCGUGACGGGCCACGCGAUCGUGAUUUUAGAGACCGGCGCGAUGACCGUGAUCGUGACCGCUACCCGCCACGAAGAGACGAUAGAGAUGGUCCGAGAAGGGAUGAUCGGGACGGGCCACGUAGAGACGACCGCGAACGUCGCCCGCCGCCGCCACGUCGCGAGGAAAAACCCCGCGACCCUAAUGACGAUGAGUGGCAACCUGUCACCAGACGUUAA